GUAAAUUUACGAGGACUUUACGUCCCUAUGUAAUCUUAUAUAUACCCGCGAGAACCAGCCACUUCAUUUCGUCCCAAUUUCCUCUCCUACACCUCCCAAGGUUCUCUCUAAUCUCUCUCUAGAAUUAGGUGGUUUAGUUUAGUGAAUUUAGAUAGGUUUAUAGUUGAUUAGGUGGUUAGUGUAGAGAAUUUUGAUUAGUUUGAUUUCUUCUACUUGUUUUUUCUAACAAUCUGAAUUUUUUUUCAGAUGGUUAGAAAGAACAAGCAGAAGAAAACCCCCCACUACAGUCAGAUGUUCUGUGGUGAUCCUGCUGCUGGAUCAUCAUCUUCAGCUCCCGGUUCCUCCAUCCCGGAGAUUGUCCCGGAGUCUCAGUCACAGCCACCACCGGUUCCUCCAUCUGGUGCACCACCCCCACCUGCUGCACCUCAGGCGGUUCCAGAUCCGGUUGCACCCGGAUACAUUCAUCCGGAGUUGCGGGUGCCGCCGACCGCUCCUUUUGCUCGGUACACGGUUGAGGAUCUUCUCGCUCAACCAGGCCGAGCCGGUUUACCGGUUUUAGACCCCGACCGACCAGAGGGGACUCUGUGGUUUGGGGUCGACAAUUCUGUCGCUACGAGCGUAUCCGAUAUCAUCAAAGGAUACUUCUCAGAGGCUCACCCAAACUGGAAAAAGACGCCGCACCACGUUAGAAACACGUGGUUCAAGAUGUUUGCUGUAAGUUUUUUAAAAUAAUUAUUUUAUGUUUAAUUUUUAUUAUU